AUGAAGAUCAUCAAAGCGCCACCAAAGUUCACACGGACCCCAGAGGACCAGACCGGGGUGCAGGGAGGGGUCGCCUCCUUCGUCUGUCAGGCCACUGGAGACCCUCCGCCCAGCAUUGUCUGGAACAAGAAGGGCAAGAAGGUCCAGAACCAGAGGUUUGAGGUAAUUGACUACGAGGAUGGUUCUGGGUCUGUUCUGAGGAUCCAACCACUGAGGACUCCUAGAGAUGAGGCUGUCUAUGAGUGCCACGUCUCCAACCCGGCAGGAGAGAUCACUGCACUCUGCAGACUCAAUGUUUUACGGGAGGAUCAGCUCCCCUCGGGGUUCCCCACCAUAGACAUGGGUCCCCAGCUGAAGGUGGUGGAACGCUCUAGAACGGCCACCAUGCUGUGUGCUGCUAGCGGCAACCCCGACCCAGAAAUCACCUGGUUUAAAGACUUCCUCCCUGUCAACACCACCAAUAACAACGGGCGAAUCAAACAGCUGCGUUCAGGUAUGGAGUGA